GUCGGAUCAAGGUCGGCGAGACGGAUACAGGGAUGGUACAUAUGCGAGAUCAAACCGAGAUGGACAUAGGGACGACAGAUAUGAGAGAUCGGACCGAGAUGGACAUAGAGACGACAGAUAUGAGAGGACGGAUCGAGAUGGAUACGGAGGUGGCGGAUAUGAGAGAGGAGAUCGACCCGAUGAUUCACGCGGGCGAUACGACCAAGGAGACCGACGUGAUGAUUCACGCGGACGGUACGACCGAGGGGACCGACGUAAUGAUUCACGCGGGCGAUACGACCGAGGAGAACGACGUGAUGAUUCACGUGAGCAAUACGAACACGGAGACCGCCGCAAUGAUUCGCGGGGCAGGAAUGAGAGAGGGGGAUACGGCGCGUCGUCUGAUCCGUAUCCGAAGUCCCCAGACCCCAGAGCAGCGAGAGGUUCGACCUCCAGAGGCACGGACGACAGGCCACCCACCCCCAGCAACUCUUGCGUCUAUUUGCUCUAUUCUGGAGUACCUGGCGGCAUCGAAGCCGGCUCGCGAUGAGUUACAGAUGAUCAUGCAGAAGACUCGCAUACCUCUAUCGGAGGAGGCUCAGGGGGGCCCUAAGGCGGAAGCUCCUACAAUAGCAGUAACGGGGGUGACUGCCAGAGCGGAUCGCAUGGCGACAGUCCUUCUUGAUGGGAUGGAAGAUGUGCCUCCAGACAAGUUUUACAUACUUGGUAGUGGGGCCGUGGAGGCGAUCAUAAAUGACGGAGCGGUACUGGAUGUCGUUAUCGAUAACGGCAGUGAGGCUAUCAUUAUAGACAAGGAUCUGGCAGUGCAGGUUGGACUGAGCCUCGAUAGGUCCUACCUAUUCCAGAUUGAGACCGCUGAUGGGAGAAAACAACAGAUCACUGGGGUUUGUCACAAGGCAGCCAUAGAGGUCCAAGGGGUACGAGUGACCCUGCCUGUCCUUGCAGUCAAGAACUGCAGCUCUGAUCUGCUCUUGGGACGAACGUGGUUGAGCCACGUGCAUGCGGUGACGAUAGAGCGACCGGAUGGGAGCCACACAUUGUCCAUUAAGAAGCUAGAUGGGACGCGGGUUAUGAUUGAGACAGUGGAGCCUCGGGACCCGAGGAACAGAGCAGCUUUCGCCGUGGGCGCAAUACCCAGUGAUCAGAUUAGGUCAUUACCUAUCUCCGGCCUCACGGUGCGAUUUCGCGAGAAGAAGUAUGGACCACUACUCACAGAGGAAGAAGGUCGGAUCGUGGAAGUGGAAGAUUUAGAGAGUCAGCUGGUAGUGGAUGGCAACUCGUACCCAAAGGAGACAGAUGAGGAAUUUGGCGGUGUGGUAUCUGUGUUUUUUUUAAGGGCACGGCCCCCUAUGGGGGGCUACCCAAGCGACACAAGCAAGUAGCUCAAAAAGUUAAGCCAGCGGCGGUGGGCCGCGAGCGAUCUGCACUGGAAGGGAUAUCGGAAGAAGAGAUUGCAAAGGAAAUCAAAGAAAGAAAGAAAA